AUGGCCGAACACGUCAAAUUAUCCCCCGACUCCUCCCAACCUUGCGCGCCAUCCCUCGACAAGUGCCCCACGGCCUCGCGCAAGGUCUCUCCGACCGAAGCUCCUCUCCCGUCCCCUCCCGACUCCGCUGAGCGCACUCGUGCUGCUGCUGGCAGUCUGCCCAAAGUCCUGGUCGAAGUCGUGCGUGAGCUUGACGAUUCACCUCUCGAAGUAGACUACUACAAGUCUUUCCCACUUAGCUGGGAAGAUUUCAAGAGUGCUCGUGAGGUAAUUGAAGCGACAAUCCGUCGAUUCGAUUACGACCCUUUCAAAGGCAAGAUCACGAUCCGAAUGACGACUCCAAUCCACGAUAGCUUCGCCGGACUGGUCAGCGAAGCCAUCGCAAUCAAGCUCUUCCCUCUCAAGACUGGAGACAACGCCACUGCCCGCUUUGCCAAGAGCAUCAUACCCGUCCUCUCUGCCCGCAACUACCUAGACAACCCAAAGCGACCCGCGUUCCCUGUCCAAGACCCCGAAAAGAAAGAGCAGAAAUCACCAGACCUCCAGUACUGCCACAAAAUGGCAGAGUAUUCCGGCAUAGUCGUCGAAAUUGCCUACACCCAGCCGGCGAAGCAACUGAGGAAGCUUGCUCUGGCUUACAUCCGCGGGUCAAUGGGCAAGAUUCAGACUGUCAUCGGAAGCGCCUACUGGCUUGAAGUUGAGCAGGUCCUUAAGGAAGUUCCCUUCCGUUCGGCCGACGGUGAGCCGCUCAACCAGGACUGCGAACUUGUCCUUUCUCUCCACGAGAUGACCGCUGACCAGAGCCUACGCGAAGGCGUGGACAACAAGUCGAUUUCGAUCCUGUUCAAGGAUCUUUGUGUCUUCAUGAACACAGUGGCGGAAAUUGAGGAAAUGCAGCUCGAGAACUUGCAGAAACCUCACGGAGCCGAACAGCAAGCCCAAAUCAACGGCAUCCCGGUCAAGAUCAAGGAACCAAUUUCCAGCUCACCAGAAGAAGAGCUCGCGUCCGAGGAUGAGAAAAUCUUUGCUGAUCAGGAGGAAGCGCAGCGAAAGAAGGCUAAGAACGACGACACCCCUUUCUCUCGUACUGUCGACAAAGACAUCAAGGGCCGCCCCAAUGUCGCGACACGCGCAGGGCCACCAAAGCGACCCGCGCCCACCAACACUGGCGAGAACCUCCCUGUCGCAAAGCGCCGCUCUAAGCGAAGAAGAGACUAG